AUCACUUCCACACUUGUGCCUAACAGAAUACAUUACUUUGCAUGAAUGACGCGAAUUGAUAAUUAUUAACCUUGAUGUGAUUAAAAAUGUAUCAGUAUGAGUAAGUGUAUGAAAUCAGAAGAUUGAAAAAUUUCAUACUUAGUCUGGGAACGCGUUGAUACGAGAAGCACUUAGUCAAAAUGCGGGGAAUCCGGAUAUCGAUAAGUGUUUUAUUAAUUGCAGUUUCUGCAACAAUUAAAACUUCAUCUGCUGCUUACGAAGUUAUAAAUUGCUCACCACAGAAUCUUACUUUUGAUAUUGACAGUACCCACAAGGUCAACUUAAAAAAUCUAUCUGUUUAUUUCAAGUAUUACAGAAACAAUGUAGGAAUUUAUCAGUACCCAGGGACACCUUCUGUCAAUCUAUUUCUCAAUGACACGGAAAUUUCUAUUAAAGGUGAAAUCGGUAGCAACAAUGGUGGACUUAACAUAAAUAAUGAUAAACUACUUUCUACGGAAGUUCUGGGUAUUGGAAACAUCGUUAACGUCAGCGAUCACAGCAAAGGCUUAAAGGACUGUGCAUUUUUUAUGCUGGACAAGAGCAGUGGCAGUUUCUUCAAUGAGCUGCCACUGAAGCUGGAUUCAAUAAUUUUCCAGUUGGUCGAAAGCUGCCUCAGCGCAAAACUAUGCCCGUCCUUAGGUGCCGUACGCGACAACGAUUUAGCUCGUGCUCGAGUCAGUCCUCGUGACUUUGGUCCCAUAUCUAUUUGGUCUCGUACACUGCAAAUCAGCUAUCCCAACAUGAUCUCGCCUCAAUUGCCAGAGAACCUUCAGACCAACAAGCGGGCCAAUUUGAUCGAAGCUGCUGAUUCCAUUAUUAGAAUGGUCGCGGAAGCAUUUUACAACGAAAGAAACGGUGGUAUCAUUGCGAUACCUGAUAUAAAACAUCGGUUUUUCACUGCAUCUAAGGGUACCUUCACAGGCGUACAGAACCUCAUGAGAGACGAGAACGUGCAAGUGCGAGCCUCGCCUCCCAGCAAUAAUCUUCAAACGUUCACCUUCACCUUCGGAAUCCCUGACGGAUACGUUGAAUACAGAGAUUACAAAGCGGUGAAAUUUAACACAUUCCGACUGAUGCCAUUCGUAGGCAGCUUGUGCGCCAACGUCCAGGACAUACUAUUCACUGCCACAAUCAAGAUGGACUUUGGACAGGAGUACUGUCGACCCAGUCUCGUGGAUUUCGGCACGAAGAGUCCUGGCAAGGCCGAAAGCUACACCUGCGGAAGUCUCAGCAUGUUCACUAACCCCAUCAUGAAAUGGUUCGUCAGCGCCUGGGAUACCGAUGUUGUACAAGUCGUCGAACGAGAAAUUGAGUGGAUGAUGGCUGCCUACAUACACGACAAAUUUGACUGUGAAAACUUCCGUCUUGGUAAAAAGCAGUCUUCUUGAAGGGCGAGUUUGCUGUAAUGAAUCAAUCUUAUGAGAUUGUAAUGAUGUAAACAAGACGUUGAUUAAAACAAUGAGAUGUUUAAUAAAAAUAAUCGACAGUGA